CACUGAUUGGCAUUGAUAGGUGGCACUGACUGGCACUGAUGGGUGACAUUGAAAGGCAGCUCAGAUGGGCACUGAUAUGUGGCAUUGAUGUGCACUGGUAUGCACUGAUAUGUGGCAUUGAUGUGGCACUGAUGGGCACUGGCACGUGGCACUGAUGAGCACUGACAGGUGGCACUUCUGGGGUCACACUGAUCAUCAGGGCACACUGAUCUGUGCCCUGAUGAUCACUGUCAGCGUGACAGCUCGAGAGGAGAGAAAUGCCGAUAACCGGCAUUUCCGUGUUUACAUGUGAUCAGCUGUGAUUGG